AGCGUGCAUGUUUUCGUCCUCGUCCGUCAGGUCGAACUGGUGUUGAAUAAUCAUCUAAACUUACUGCUACCUCCCGUAACAGAAAUAAUGCUUAAGUUUACAGAUCUAUACCGUCGGUUAGCCCCGGCGCCACUCUGGUCGAAUGCCUUACGAUUGUGUUCUACUCAAGCGACACCUACUUCAUCAUCUACUAGCGCGGCUGUCAUGCAACAACAGAGCAACGCCUUGGAUCUACCGGAUAAACUGUACAGCCGGCUGGAACUGCAGAUGAAAGGCAUCGAUCCGGAGGUGAUGAAAAGCUACGCCUAUUUUGCCAAAACUGCCGCCGAACAUUUGGACAUCGAAGUGGGAAAGCAUUGGGCCCUCCGGAAAGCGGUUAAGGAUCGGAUGACUCUGCUGAAAUCGGUCCACAUCUACAAGAAGCACCGCGUUCAGUACGAGAUUCGAAACUACUACCGGUUUAUGCAUUUCCACAAACUUACCGGAUCUACGCUGGAAACGUUUCUGGAGUACAUUGAGCGGAACCUUCCGGAGGGGGUGGCUCUCAAAGUUACUAAAGUAGAGCUACAGGAGCUGCCUGAGCAUCUGAAGCCGGGCAGUGCGUAGAAAAAGAUCGGUGCUUACAUGGUUGGGUUUAAUUAUUAUAGGACAGAGUAGUACACGGACACGGAAUAAACAUAUUU